AUGGGCACAGAGGUGUCAGAGAAGUACCGAGACUGGAUGGAAGCAGCUGGAUUCGUGGAUAUCGAAGAGCAACACUUCAUGUGGCCGUCCAACCCAUGGCCCAAAGACAGAUACAUGAAGGAACUGGGCAACUGGAACAUGAUCAACAUUCUGGAGGGUCUCGAAGGAUUUUGUCUGGCGCUAAUGACCAGAGGACUUGGCUGGAAGAAAGAGGAGGUUGAUGUUUUCGUCGCCAAAGUCUCAGCCGACGUCAAGAACAAAGGUAUCCACGCCUACUACCCGAUGCCGGUCGUCUGGGGUAGGAAGCCUCUGACGGCGAACUGA